CAUUGAUUAAAACUAUGACAGUCGGUCAUUUUGAUUAACUAACAAAGGACGAAGAUUAGGGGCAAAUAUAAAAUCUGCAUUAAUCUAACUUUUCUUUUCAAAUAAAAAUUGUUAAGGACGAAGCUACUCCUUGGCGAGGACAAACACUCCUGGUUGGUUUACAGAGUGGACGGUGGACUGAUAAUGGAUUCGGCCGCGCGACCGAGCAUGGUCUUCACGGAGAAGAAGGAAAAAGAAACGCAAAAUGGAUCAGAGCAUUCGAUAGAAUCGGCCCUUAUUCAAGCUUCAAGUAAAGGUUACACGAUCGAUAUGAUUCUUGGAACAAACGAUCGAAGACCAAAACCCAAACAGGAGGAAGCGUUCGAACAAGAUAGCAAACUGUCAAGAAAUUCUAGCGACGACGAAGGUAAAUUAAAUAAACCAUCACCACGUUCGCUUUCAAGUUGAUAUUACAAUCUUAUGACACACUUGAGACAGUUUACUCAAGGAAUUUCAAUGCACUCGUCUUCUCUUUUCGCUGAACGCUCUGCAAACAUAGCGGAAAGUUUCAGAUGAGGUGCUAAUUUCGUGUUUAAAUUUCAAUUUCCCCAUCCUUGAAUUGUCAAACAACGAGGAAAUGUUUACUUCGCUUUCAAUUCUAACCACAAGCGUAGAUUUUUGCGAGCUCGAACCAUGACUAACUUUCGGAACUGUGUGUUUGCACAGUGCGCCUUUUGAUGUUCAGUGCGACUGCCGUGAUUUGCAAAUUUACAGGCGGCAGAAGCGAAGGCAAUGCUUGAAGUGUUUAAAUGCAGUUAACCGGCUUGCUGUGCUUUUAUUUAUCCACUUAAUUUUCUCAUUUGUUAGAUGACUUGAGCGUGGGCGACGAGAAAGGAUUCAAGGACGAGGACGACCUUGACGAAAAUGAUGGCAAGCCGAGAAAAAUGCGUCGGAGUCGCACCACCUUCACGACCUACCAACUUCACCAACUCGAGCGCGCUUUUGAGAAAACACAAUAUCCUGACGUUUUUACAAGGGAAGAGUUAGCCUUGAGGCUAGACUUGAGUGAGGCACGAGUACAAGUGAGUAAGGUUUUUCAAUUAUUCAUAGUCAGUUCUAGGCACAAAAAAUGGCAGGACUAUUUGGGGCGAAGCAGCCGCGAAGUAAUCUGUGUUACUAAUCGGCAUUUUGGCAGCAGUCGCUGCGAGAGGCGGUGAAAGGCGGCGCGAAUUCUCUAUGUUUAAACUCGGACUUUUGAUGUAAACGUGAUAAAAUCAACUUGUGACUUUUGUGUUGUAUGACUGUGCAUUUUACCCCGUAUUCAAUUCAUUGCAGAUCAUUUUAAAGUUCUUGCUUAUUAUCAAGAAGCAAAUAGGAAAAAAAAUUAAACUGGUUUUUAUAGAAGGGUGUUUUUUAAGUGGCUCGUCCUGAUCUGGUUGCGUGGCGCCCGAGUCAUCUUUUUUGAGAAUGCAACAAUAUUUAAACUUUUGCGAUUGAGUAGUUGUGAUACAGUAUGAAGCUUUUGUUUCAUCAAUUACGUGGGUGAAAAUCAAGCUGAUGAAAUAACAGCUCCAGUCGCCUUACUCAUUAAAUCAAUGAGUUACAACCUAGUAUUUACGACAAAUUUAAAAUUGUAUUUAACAUUUCUAGCUCUGAUAACUUUCACUGGAGAGCGUGUGCGAAACGACACUGAAAAAAAAUGGCUUUGAAUUUGAACGCUUGGAGAAUUCACGGCCGAACAGCUAGCUGGCGCAAGUGAUUCUUAUAAAACAGCUAUUUUGAUUACAGCAAUUGGAGUUGCUGUCCUAAGAGGGGAAAAAUUACCGUCUGAAUAACGUGUUAUGACGAAAAUACUGGCCAUGACGAAACAGUGUACGUUACGUACGUUACGGCCUAACGACUCGGUUACGCCCGGAGACCGUAGAGUGGAACAUGUUAAUCUGCGAGGGCUUCUAAACGAAAUUUCGCUUGAAAUUGAAAUUUAGUUGAAAAGUAACUCGUUCACGUUUUGAAAGCGAAGCAAAUGAAAUGGGCCUAAUAAUGAUGCAAUUUGGUUCGAAACGCGGCUGUCUCUAAAAGCACAAGACAACAGACGUUAAGCUCGUGUUGUGACAAUUUUUAUGCCAUGUAAUUAAAUUUCGGAAGGUUUUGUGAAAUUUCAGAGAUAUUGAAAUUUGCAUCCAGUUGUCGGCGUGUAAAAGUGUAUACCAAAGCUUUUUUCUGCUCUAGCAAAUGACAGUUUAACCUGCGCGGUUGAAAAGAUGUCUGAAGGGUAAUUAAUAGAUUGAAACAAAAAAGUUUUUAUUCGAUUGCAAUGAUAGUGUUUGGGGCAAAGCGUUCUUUUCUUGGUAUCGCUCUGAAUUUAUUUAGUUCUGACGAAAAGCUAUUAACCACUGUAAAUUGCAUUUUAAGUGAAUAUGUAUACAAAGACAGUACAAUUGAGGCAAUUAUUUUGUCGUAUUAAUGGGUUAUAUUGAACAGCCAUGAAAACAAAGUGGAUAAUUAAUCAUGACGUAGAUACUAGAAUUGGCAAUUAGCGUAGGACCUUUUGAACAAGCCAGGCUACCUUUAUAAUGAUUUCAAUGGCACGACGCAGUCAUAAAAAUAACUAUUGCCCCAGGGGUUUGGUGGUAGGAAACUGAAUGACUUAAUUAUGAAGAACCUCUUGCUUUCAAAACCUGACUAAGUCCUGUGUCAUUGUAAUUACGUCAAACGAAAUCAAGUUAGAAUUGCUCAGCAAAAAAAAGCUUGAAGGUUUCACUUCAUUUGUUCUCUGAAAUAUUAGCGUCGUACAGUUACAAGAAACCUGUUUACAGUCGUCAUUACUCUAGGCAUUUCUCUCCUAUUGAGUUGUCGUUGAGGUUCACUGAAGUCAGAGAAACAUUUCUGACAUCUUUUUGCUAUUUCCUUUUGAAUAUGCACAAAAUAUGUUUCCUCUAGAAAGUACUUGAUGACGGUGAAGUGCCAAGGAUUACUGGACUAAUUUGAUGUGAUAAACAAUAGGAUAAACUUGAAAAACAUCGCCGCUUACUUGUGUACUCAUAUAAAUUAAACCGUAAUUCUUGUUGAAACUACUGUUCCUCUGAAAAGUAAUAAAGUUAACGCGGAUUUGGAAGAAAAAUUAUUGCCACCUAGUUUUGAGCUAAUAAGAGUAUUAUUGUAUACACUCGUUCUGUUUUCAUUACACACACGCUUGUAAAUGUGCUAUAAACAAUGUUGUUAUGAAACCAACCUUUUUUGAACGCUCCUGGGUAUGCCAGAAUCGUAAAGUUUCUUGUUCGGUCACUUAAGACUAUUUGGCUUACAUUUUCUGCGACAGGUCUUGUUUGAGUUUUUAAUUUACAAAACAAGGUACAGUGAUCAAAGUCUCUGAAAGAGUUACUUCAUAACUGCUUGCGUGCUACAUCAAGUUAAUUUGUAUUCAGAAGAGAAUGCUCUCAAUCACUUAGCCGGAAGGCAAAAUUACACAGACAAAGUCCAACAUCUGUGGGUUUAAAUUGAUAGUUUGGUAGACCUAAAAUUGCAUAAUAUAAAUAAAAACACCUUAAUAUGUCUAUAGCUUGGGCUUUUUGUAAUGAUUCUGAUAAAGUAAAAAGUAAGUUGCGAAAUCAAAUCUCUAAUCUUGACAAACCACUCCUCGUUUCGACAGGGAAUUAGAAUAAAGACUUUUUAUCUCAAAGGAUGUUGUUAAUGAAAUCCCAAAUAUUGAUUUCAGCUCAAGCUAAAAGGCCUCUGGUGAAUGCGAUAGAUAACGCACCUAAUAAACAGUUGAAAGAAUUUUAAUUACUCAGUUAAUCAACAGAAAAUCUGAUUUUUUCCGUAUUUCAUCGGAGAAGAUGUGUAACUUUGCAUCCAACUUUCUUGAUCUUAAAACUGCGUGUAUUACAUCCUUCGGCGGCACAUUUUAGUUCCAAUUGUGUCUGUCUGUCUCGUUAGUGCUUUCGUAAACCCAUGGCGUCUAUUGCAUUUUUCGCAAUAUUUCUUUAUGAUAUGAAAAUAUAGGUUAUUAGAUAAAAAUCUUCAACCAACAGCUUCUUUUCACAUAAGCCCAUAUAUUAUCUGAAUGCUAUGUAUCUUUAAAUUGUGUUAUACACGCGAUAAAACUUUUUUUCUUUUCCUGGGUUUGCAUAAAAAAUACAUUUCUAUGAUUCACAUAUGGAUUUUCCUAUCACAAGAUAAUGAGAAAUGGACGGAAACAGGUUUAAAAGAAGAAACUAGCCUCCUUCCUAUGAGCCUGUUCUAAGUUAGCCGAAUAACUAGUGCCUUUUUGGUCGUGAAAGAUCGUUUUCCCGGGCUGUCGUUAAAAGAUCCAGUGAAGAAAAGGCCGCAAAUUCGCUUUCUUGCUUGCUAGAUACACAUUGUUACUAGAGCCACUUUGGCCGCAAUUUUUUGUGAAGUUUGUGCUGUAUUAAACAAACUUCACAAGGAUACUAAAAGCUUUGAUUUCCAGUAAGGACAUUGCUAGGCAAAACUGUCAAUUAGGUAAGGAAUCACUAAAAUCUUUAAAGAAUGGUAAUAUGGCCGUCUCAUACUUCUAAUCUUAUCUAUGUCGAGAUUUAAAAUGAUAAAGUGACAGUGAAGAAAAUUUACUGGUUCUGAAAUGGCUCUGUUUCCUGUUUAUACGUUUAAUGCAUUUGUAAAUUAGUCUUUGUUUUCUAAUGGGGCCAUUACAAUCGAAAUAAGUCAGUGCGAAGAAGACAGUUUCUCCCAAUCGUUUCUUAUGCUAUAACAAUGCUUCUGUAAAGAUAAAUAUAUUAAACAAAUUAAGGAUUAUAUUAAGCCUUUAAUACAUCCGAAAUCUAUUUCUCAUAGACCUUUAUCGCUUCCAAUUGAUACCAACACCAUUAAUAUUAUCUAUUAAACGUGAUUGUAUUGAAAAGCAUGGUAUAAUGGACUAAAAAUGUCGCUGAAGUUUUAAAGCGAAAUUUUCCUGCUAAAACCUUUUAGCACAUUUUGUCCGUUUCGACACAAUCUCUCCGGUGUGUUUAACAUUUCAUGGUUUUGAUUUCAAUUCUCUGAGAGCAACCUUACACUACAUGGCUUUAUAGGAUUCCUAGUUCAGAUACAUUUCUAUCGUAUAUGUGUUUGGAAAAAUAAUUAUAGUUUACUAAUUUUCAGCAAAUCAUGAUAAAACCGUAUUUUUCUUUGAAAAGAGAGAAGAAAAGGAAAGCUGUUCGCUAAUUACUAUCAGUUAAUGUAUUAUGUCGCAAGUUUUCCUUAAUACAUGUGGCUUCAACACUUCGACACGUGCCCAAAGCAUGGUGUUCUUCUUCCUGCCACGCGGUUUUCGUUUAGUUUUUUUUGUCCGAUCGCGAAGAAUGAUACGCGUACAUUUCUAGAACUGCCGGUACCUUAACUGUCCUUUACUACAAUCGUGUAGAAAAUUCAGUUUAUUUAAAUAGUGAUGCGCAAAGACUGAACAAAAGACACAAUCCAAUGUUCGAUAAACCUCAUUAUCGAAAAGGAAAAACACCGACGCCAUGUCGUUAAGAAAGAGACUGGCAGAGAGAAAUGCAUUCGGCAACUGAGAUCACACAGUGAGUCUUGAGGUUUGAAAUUUUAAAAGGCAGCUUAUCAAGGAUAUUUCACAUUGACAAUCCUUUAACGUCUAAUGUAUGGAGUUCGUACGCUAAACACUAGUCUGAGUGUUGAAAUAGCGUUUCCUUAACAAUAAGUGUUGGGCGUUUAUUGUUUACGACAGCUGCAGACUAGCCAAGAGAGGACAACUAUUAAAGUGAUUGUUGUUGGAAGCGGUAUUAAUAGCGUUUAUGGAUGGCAUUGUGGUACCAGUCAAGAAUGAUUGCUGAUAAUUACCGACCACUAGGCAAAGAGACACACGUUGUGACUUAAAACUCGUGGCCUUGCGUUGCUUCUCUAAACAACUUCUCUGCGCUGGCGACAUGUCUGAAACAAUUAUUUCUCAUUUCAAUUCUUAGCUAGAAUUUUCUCUGCAGCAAAAGCUGCGUUCAUGGAAAGAUCGAUUGUAUCUUUAGCGAAUAAUGGAGAAGGAUGAAAAAAAGUGCAAGAGAUAAUGGGUUUUUUUGCUUGUUUUUGACAAAUUAUAAUUAAUUUCCUUUAUAAAUCAUUUCACCGUUUGUUUUCCUCAACUUUCCUCGCAGUCGUCUUAAAUGAGAUCAAUCAUCUUUACCUUCAUUUCCUUCAUUUAUUUCUUCGUUUUAUUAAUUAAUCACUAACUUGCUCUUUCUCUUCCAUCGUGCCCCUUCCAGGUAUGGUUUCAAAACAGAAGAGCUAAAUGGAGAAAACGGGAAAAGUCCAUGGGACGCGAAAGCCCUACAUACCUUUACGGGCCAUCGAAUGACUACAGGGCCCUUCAAGAUGUUCCGCACGUGCACCCUGGUGCACAUCCGUUCACUCCAGGAGUGGACAGAUGGCACCCGCAUGUCCCAGCCCUAAGCCUUUUGUCUCCUUUCGCCACUGCACCAAGUCCAUAUGGUCCUCUAGGAGCCCAUCUUAACGUUCCCGGACUCUCACCAGCAGCGAUGUAUACACACCAUUUGUACAGACAGUACGUCAGACCGGGAAUGACACCAUUUCUAAAGAACCCCUCGGAAACGCAGGAAUUUCGAAGAACGAGCAUAGAAAAUCUGAGAUACAAGGCAAAGCAACACAGCACCGCACAAUCACUAGCUGAUGGAAACAAGACUGUUUAACUUAUAAUCCGCCAAUUUACCUGCAAUAUAGGUCCAUUUUUAACUAUUCUAUGUGCCGACAAUAAGUAUAGAUAAAAUAAAACAAAGUUACUCUCCUCUAAUUUACAGUAAAGAAUCCAAUUAGGUUUUAGCGCUUAGCUCAAGCAUUUCUACAACAAAUAUAUGGACUAAGAAUUGUGUAUUGGCCUUCCAAGAAAUCGAGUUUCAAGAAAUCAAUUUAACAUGUCACUCGAUGAGGCUUUUUAUGAGGACCAACGACUGUGGCUAACUUAGUAAAAGUCAAUCCAAGUAGAAAUACACCACUAAUCUGCGUAAAACAUUGACUUGUAAAGAAAUUACUUUGCGACCCAAAGUAAAGUUGAUCGACAACAUCACUAAUUAUUUUUUUACACAUCGACGUAUAUAAUUGGUUAUUGGCCUAUAAGGUCAUAAAAUCAGCAAGACAUUCAUAUAGAAUCAUAAUUACAACUCGAAAAUCGAGUCCUCCAUCUUCAAAUGUUGUACAUAGUAUUCAUUAUACCUCAGCAAUACGGCUAUCCAUCGUUUUGAGGUUGAUGUAACUUAUUAUAAGAAUGUGUGCUUUUUUGUAAUAACGAGGAAUUGAAAAUAUAUUUAAAAUAGUAAAAUAUAUUUCUUAUUUAUAAACGCUGAAAUGCUUGGUGCAUGUAAGACCUCGAUUGUGGUAAUACAUUAGUUUGGAUAGUUAGAGCACGUGCAUACCAAUACUUGUAUUUUUCUAAUCUAAGGUUUCACGAAGUCACACGCAUUUUUUCUUCACUUUUCGUUGUGUCACCUUGAAAUACGCUUAUUUCAAGAAAAGCAGUUUCUAGAACAAUUUAAUGGCUUUGUAGUUUCUUUGCAAUUAAAGUCUGUCUGCUUUAAAUUGGGUAUUAAUGAUAUGGUUAAACAUUUAACUGAAGUAUUGUUAAAGUUUGUGAGCUAACUAAGAAGUGGUAAAUAAAGAUAGAUUCUAUAACUUUGCCAUUAAGCAGCAGGCCUGUAGUUUGUUAAGAUAUACUGGGAAAACUUCAUCUUGUGCAGAGGUUAUUGGGCUCAAUAGUAGCAUAAAGAGUGAAGCCUUGAGGGACUAAAUGGGAUCAUAUUGAGAGGGUCUCCGUGGGAAGCCCGUUUGACGGCAGACGGUUAAAUUUU